GAUAUUCUGUUUUCAGAUUUAACACUCGGCACUCAGCACUGAUUCAGACAGACCAGUGAGGUCAGCAGGAAGUUAAGCUCCUCUCAGUCUGCAACUCCUUGAGAUUUUUCUCAUGCUGCAUUUCAGAGUGCACUUUCUUAACUGAAUAAAAAUGACGAGAAAGUGUUUAUUGCUGUCAAUAGUCCUGGUGUGUUGCAGCAUCUAUGCUGGCAGUGUGUUACAAUCCACACUGGUGUUGGAUAUGGCCACGCUUCUGUUGGAUAAUUACUGCUUUCCUGAAAACCUGGUGGGAAUGCAAGAAGCCAUUGAACAAGCCAUCAAGAAUGGAGAGAUCUUGGACAUCUCCGAUCCGAAGCUUUUAGCAACUGUUCUGACAGCUGGAGUGCAAGGAGCCCUGAAUGACCCACGGCUGGUGAUCUCUUAUGAACCCACAGCUUCCGCUGCUCCCAAGGAAAGAAUUGAGACUUCUCUAACAUCAGAGCAACUCUUAAGUCUUAUCCAACAUACAGUGAAGUAUGAAGUGCUGGAUGACAAUGUGGGUUACCUAAGGAUUGACUACAUAAUGGGCCAGGAAAUUGUGCAGAAGAUUGGUUCUUUCCUAGUAGAAAAGGUAUGGAAGAGCUUAUUGGGGACAUCUGCUCUAAUAUUAGAUCUGCGUUACACUACUGGAGGUCAUGUUUCAGGCAUUCCUUUCAUUAUUUCUUAUUUGUACAAUGGGGACAAGGUGCUGCAUGUGGAUACUGUUUACAAUCGGCCUUCUAAUACUACUGUGGAAAUCUUGACUUUGCCAAAAGUCCUGGGUGUGAGGUACAGCAAAGACAAGGACGUAAUUUUGCUGAUAAGCAAACACACUAUUGGUGUGGCUGAAGAUGUGGCCUACAUCCUCAAACAAAUGCAUAGGGCAAUAAUAGUGGGAGAAAAAUCAGCAGGAGGCUCCUUGGAUACCCAGAAAAUGCAGAUUGGCAGUUCCCAAUUUUAUAUGACAGUACCUCUAUCAUGUUCUGUGAGCCCCUUAAGUGGCAGUGGGCAAAGCUGGGAAAUCAGUGGGGUAAUGCCAUGUGUAGUCAUCCCAGCAGAACAAGCUCUGGAUAAAGCUCUGGCCAUUCUAUCGCUACGCAAAGCUAUUCCUAGCAGUAUGAGCUAUUUGAUGGGUGUUAUAAAGAACAAUUACUCCAUGUUAGAACAAGUCCCCGUAUUGCUGCAACACCUCUCCACUUUUGACUCUUCUUCUGUCUUAUCAGUAAAGGACCUGGCCUCCAAACUCAAUGCUGAACUACAGACCAUAUCUGAAGACCCACGUCUCUUAAUACGAGUCCCUGCCUCAGAUGAAGUUGUAAGUGCACAAACUGAUGCACAGGUUGCAAUGGCAACUGAUUUGCCUAACAAUGAACAGCUCAUGAAAGCCCUAGUAAUGACUGUAUUCAAGGUGUCUGUACUACCAGGCAACGUGGGUUACAUGCGCUUUGAUGAGUUUGCUGAUGCUACAGUACUGGUAAAGUUAGGACCAUACCUCCUGCAGCACGUCUGGGAGCCACUGCAAGCAACUGAUAAUUUGAUCAUAGAUCUGCGCUACAACAUUGGUGGCCCGUCAUCAACUGCUGUGCCAAUCUUGCUGUCCUACUUCCAAGAGCCCUCUGCUGGCCCUGUGCACUUUUUUACCACCUACAACAGGCACACAAACCAGACCCAGGUUUAUAGCAGUAACGCUGAAAUGUUAGGCAAGCCCUAUGGGGCACGGCGUGGUGUCUACUUACUCACAAGCCACAACACAGCGACAGCAGCCGAAGAAUUUGCAUACCUUAUGCAGUCCCUUGGCCGUGCCACCCUGGUUGGUGAGAUUACUGCUGGUAGCUUAACACACACACACACGUUCUGCAUUUUAGAAUUAGGAGGGGGUUGUGGCCUCCUUAUUAAUGUGCCUGUCAUUACUCUCAUUGACAACAAUGGGGAGACCUGGCUUGGAGGUGGGGUGGUACCUGAUUCAAUUGUACUAGCCGAUGAGGCUCUAGAGAAGGCAAGAGAAGUGCUGGAGUUCCAUAAGGGCAUGGGGUCACUUAUUGAAAGAGUUGGACAAUUGCUUGAAGCUCACUAUGCUAUCCCUGAAAUGGCUAGACGGGUCAGUAGCGCGCUGAAUUCCAAACUGGCCCAAGGUGGGUAUCGUACAGCCGUGGAUUUUGAGACACUUGCCUCUCAGCUGACGAAUGACCUUCAGGAAACCUCUGGGGAUCACCAGCUGCAUGUCUUUCACAGUCAUGUUGAGCCUUCUUUAGAGGAACAGUCCCCUUACAAGACACUCACUCCCGAGGAGCUGAAUUUUAUAAUUGAAGCUCUCUUCAAGGUGGAUGUGUUACCAGGCAAUGUGGGAUAUUUACGCUUUGACAUGAUGGCCGAGGCAGAGUCUGUGAAGACCAUUGAACCACAAAUACUUAACAUGGUUUGGGAAAAACUAGUCGAAACUCAAGCUAUGAUUGUUGACAUGCGCUACAAUACUGGCAGUUACUCUACUGCCGUGCCCAUCUUUUGCUCCUAUUUUUUUGAUGCUGAACCUCAACAGCACCUUUACACAAUCAUUGACCGUAGCACCUCUCAGAGUACUGAAGUGUGGACUUCAUCCCAAGUAUCUGGCAAACGUUAUGGCUCAACUAAAGAUCUUUAUAUUCUAAUCAGCCAUGCUAGUGGGUCAGCUGCUGAAGCCUUUACUCGCUCUUUGAAGGACCUGCAUCGCGCCACAGUAAUUGGGGAACCUACUGUGGGUGGCUCACUCUCUGCAAAUAUUUACAACAUGGGCAGCACUCCAUUGUAUACUUCCAUUCCCAGCCAGAUUGUUCUUAGUCCAGUCUCUGGAAAAGUGUGGAGCUUGUCUGGGGUACAGCCACAUGUGACUACCCAGGCUAAUGAAGCCCUGGCCUCAGCCCAGAACAUUAUUCUCUUUCGCACCAAAAUACCUAGUGUCUUAAACGCAGUUGGAAAACUGGUGGCUGACAACUAUGCCUUUGCUGAUAUUGGGGCUACAGUGGCAGCCAAAUUUGCUGACUACGCCAACAAAGAGACUUACCGAAAGAUCAACAGCGAAAUUGAACUUUCUGGGAAAAUAGCGGCAGAUCUAAAAGCUCUUUCUGGAGAUAGGCAUCUGAUGAUAGCCCAUAUUCCUGAACAUUCAAAGGGUCGAAUCCCAGGAAUUGUGCCCAUGCAGGUCCCUUCACCAGAAAUGUUAGAAGAACUCAUUAAGUUUUCUUUGCAAACCAAGGUGUUUGAAAAUAAUAUUGGCUACCUGCGAUUUGACAUGUUUGGAUACUGUGACCUUUUGUCCCAAGUCUCUGAGUUGCUAGUAGAACAUGUGUGGAAUAAAAUUGUCAACACUGAUGCAUUAAUCAUAGAUAUGAGGGCUUUCCUGUGUACAAGAUAUGGCUUCAAUAAAGGCUUGGUAAUCCUCACCAGCUCUGUGACUUCUGGUGCUGCUGAAGAAUUUGUAUACAUCAUGAAGAGACUGGGUAGAGCCUUCGUCAUUGGACAGAAGACCAGUGGGGGUUGCCACCCACCUCAGACAUUUCAUGUGGAUGGCACUAACCUCUAUAUCACAACCCCUGUGUCGAGAUCUGUCUUUUCUGUUAAUGACAGCUGGGAAGGUGUGGGAGUGAGUCCUCACAUGGAAGUUUCCACUGAGGUGGCACUCAUCAAAGCAAAAGAAAUGCUCAAUGCACAUCUUCACUAGUUUGGGGUAAGAAAGGAAAAAUAUUCAUGGAAGUAAUGAGUACAAAACAGGAAUUAAGAAAGAAAUAUAUCAAAUAAAUACCCCUUUAUUUUCAUUAGGAAGUGAGCUCCCCAUCCCUUUGAAAAUCUACAGCAAGAGUUUUUAUGGAGCACCUCUAAAGGUAGAAAACACGGAAAACAAAAAGGAUCAUGAUCCACUCCAUAAAUUGUAGCUUUUCUUUCAUAGUCCCGAACCCCCAAACCCUUCACUCCUAUGCAUGAUGAUGAUCUUUAUUUCUAUCCUAACUUUUCCCCAUAGGGAUUCAAAGCAGCUGACAAUAACAUGACAAAACCUAGUAAAAAUUUAAGACAAGGCAUAUGCAUUAAAAAAACAAAAACAAUUCAUGUAGAAUUAGUGAGAAAUCAUUGAAGACAGUUGCGUGAAGACUUCAAGUUACUUAUAUAAUUUUCUAUUUAUCUGUUAACAUUUUCUGUAGUGAUGCAAAUAUCUUGACCAAAUCGAUGUAGCAUAUAGCCACCUAUAUCUCGCCUUGCUAAUAUAUGCCCCUGAUUCUUUCCUGAUUUAUGUAUUUUCCUAUGUAUAUAAUUAAAAUGCUAUUCUUUUGCAUCCCAAAAAGUUCUGUAACAAACUAGAUGGAAAAGUCCAUACUAAAUAGUAAUGUCUGAGAAACUCAGGAACAUAAUUGUUAAUCAUUAUAACUGGGUAGCUGAUACAUAUUGUAAUACAUUGAAUUACAGAAAAUAAGUUUGGAUAGAUACAGUAGCCACUGGGGUUAUACACAGCAAAUGUAAAUUGCGGGACAUUAGGGAGCAUGGCAGGACCUAAGGACAGAACAUUGCAAAUAUUCUUAUGUCUUUGAAAACAUUCUGACCUACCAACUGAAACAGUGCUAUGCAAAGAUACCCACACACAAAGAACAUCAAUCUCUUCAUUUCCGGUAUUAGAGAAAAUCCUGGAAUCAUUGUUGGACAGAACCAUAAAGGCCAUACAGUCCAACAUCCUGCCAUGAAGGUAUACACAAUUAUCCAGUUUUGAGAGAUUGACAUCCCAUGUCUGUUUAAAGACCUCCAAAGAUCCAUCACCCUCUGAGACAAUUUAUUCUACAACUGAAUUCUUACCAUCAAAAUAUUACCAUUAAAAGGUUCUCCCUAAUGUUUAGGGUGGAAUAUUAUUUCUUGUAUAGGCAAUCCCCAGUUAUGAACAAGAUAAGUUCUGUAGGUUUGUUCUUAAGUUGAAUUUAUGUGUAAGUCAGAAACAGUACUUUUUAAAGUGUAACUCCAGCCUUGAACAGCUUUGAACAGCCUUGGGAAAGGUGAACACCCCUGUGGUGUUUGUUUUGUUGUUUGUUCCCCAAUUCAGAAGAUUUCACUUCACUUUCUGUCCCUGUAAUAAUUCGAUUUUGAAAAAAUUGGCUUGUUUUGGAGACAAGGAUUGGUGAGAAAGCUUCAGUUGAGACACCUUUUCCCCAUGAUAACUCUUUCAAAAGUAAAUUUCCCUUCCAAGGGGCAGAUUUCUCUCACUUUCUGUUGUCUCACCCCCAUUCUUAACUAUAAAUUGUUUGUAAGUUCAAUGUUUGUAAUUCAGAGACUGCCUGUAUAUGGUUUGUCUUCUAAUCUCUGGAACAGCCGUGAACAAGCUCACUUUCUAUGUGACAUCCCUUUAGGGACCACAAUACUUUUUAGAGACCUAUGUAAAUAUGUGACUAGAAUAGGUUGUAAACUUAUUCAUGAUUGAAACAAAAAGCACCAACAUCUAUAAAAAUUAUUUUCAGACACAGAAGUAAAAAGAUACAAUACUGGAAAACAGCAAAAUGAAUGUUGUGUUAAAUAAUAAACAUAAUUUGGCAUAUAUAUGUGGGAAACCUAUUGAGACUGACAAAUAAAAACAGAUAAAUGUCAAAUCA